AUGAGCAGACAUGGCGGAGCAGCAGGAGUCUCUGAGGUGCUGCAGGAACCGAGGAGGCGUGCAGCGGGUGGAGGGGAAGCUGAGGGCCAGUGUGGAGAAGGGGGACUACUAUGAAGCCCACCAGAUGUACCGGACCCUGUUCUUUAGGUACAUGUCACAGGCCAAACACGCCGAGGCCAGAGAGCUGAUGUACAACGGAGCUCUGCUCUUCUUCAGCUACAACCAGCAAAACAGUGCAGCAGACCUGUCCAUGCUGGUUCUGGAGGUGUUGGAGAAAUCUGAGGCCAAAGUCGACGAUGAAAUAUUAGAAUGCCUGGCGAAGCUGUUCAGCCCGAUGGACCAGAACUCUCCAGAGAGAGUUGCGUUUGUGUCCAGAGCCUUGAAGUGGUCGACGGGAGGAUCCGGGAAGCUGGGCCACCCCAAACUGCACCAGCUGCUAGCCAUCACCCUGUGGAAAGAACAAAACUACAGCGAGUCCCGUUACCACUUCCUGCACUCGUCUGACGGCGAGGGCUGCGCUCACAUGUUGGUCGAGUACUCGGCGUCACGAGGCUUCCGCAGCGAGGUCGACAUGUUUGUGGCGCAGGCCGUCCUACAGUUCCUCUGCUUAAAGAACAAAAACAGUGCUUCCGUGGUGUUCAGCACGUACACAGAGAAACACCCGUCCAUAGAGAAGGGUCCUCCCUUCGUCCAGCCUCUACUAAACUUUAUCUGGUUUCUGCUGCUGGCAGUGGAUGGGGGUAAAUUAACAGUUUUCACAGUGUUAUGUGAGCAAUAUCAACCUUCCCUGAAGAGGGACCCCAUGUAUAAUGAGUAUCUCGACAGAAUAGGACAGGUUUUCUUUGGUGUUCCUCCCAAACAGUCUCCAUCAUACGGAGGACUGCUAGGAAACCUGCUGAACAGCCUGAUGGGUUCUGGUGAGGAUGAUGAUGGAGCUGAAGAGGCUCAGGAGGACAGCAGCCCCAUAGAGCUGGACUAGACUACAACACACACACACACACACACACACAGAGAGGAAGACCACGCCACCUUCAUCUUCUCAGCGAGGGGGGGCAGGCGGACCGUGUUUCAGAGGCUGUUUCCAAAUCAAACCCUCCUCCCUCCUCCGUCUAUCAGCCAUCCAAGUCUUAAACCAGAGGACUGACUGCUAACUCCUCCCCUCCAACUAUCUAAGAUAUUAUUAUUAUUAUUAUUAUUAUUAUUAUUAUUUUAAUCAUUCUUUCUGUUAGUUUGGGACUCUUGCUCUCUGCUUUUUAAACAAGAGAUAAUAACAAACUGUGUGUGAAAAGACGGGAAUGUUUGGAGUGUCCCAGUAGAGAGAACGGAAUAAAAACCUUCUUCGUGAUGAUAAUCAUCAUCAUCAGUCGGUUUAAUCACUCACUACAUAAACUGACGUUUUGUUUGCCAAACAGCCGCGUGGAGCUCCGUCAGCUGCUGCUGCUGCUGUUUCUGUUUCUCAGCUUCUUUCCAUGUUUAACUCUUCUUGUUUCAGCAGUAAAUUAAAUUGUUCUCGUAGUCAAACUCAUCUGCCAGUUUCUCAUCGUCUCUUUAAAGACGACGAAGCUCUCUGGAAGUUCUCAUCAGACGUCUUUUGUUACACAUUAAAUAUCAACCAAACGAA